AUAUAUAUACAAAAUAAAGGGCAGUUUUUUUUUUUCUCUUUUUUUCUUCUUCAAUGAUGAACUUAUCAUAUGAACAAUCACAGCUAAACAAUGCCAUUAAGACAGGAUCGGAAACUUCUAUAGGAGGAGAUGCUGUUCAUAUGUUGUUGGCUAAACUGGAUGAAGGCACACAAACAGUCAUCAACUUGCGGUCUAUCCUUACACUCAAAACAGCUGAACUGAAUGAAUUAUUAGCACAAUUAGAACUCACAAACCAAGCUAUUACCAAUGUUGAAUCAACCACAAGUCAGAUCGAACACAUGUUGAGAGAAUUCGGUUUAUCGACAGACAAUGCCAAAGAAAGUCUGUUGAUACAUGCAGAGGCUUCAUUGGAUUCAGCCAUCAAGUCAGCUGCAAGUAUUUAUCCUCAACAACUCAAACAACCGUUGUUACGCCGACCUUCUACUGCCAGUACAAACAGUGGCAGUGCUAUGGAAGGUGUUGAAUCAAAACGACUUAGCAAUGCGCGUCUAUUAAACACAAGAAUAAGAUACAAGCCUGAUACGAAACAUAUUUUAAGAAAGUUGAAUGAUUUAUUAAGAGAUUUAGGCAUGGAUUCUGGCAAAUUCUUUGCUACUAUUGGCACUACAGAUGAUUUCGAGGUAUUACAAAAGGCCUAUGUGGAUUUGGAUAUUGCAAAGACCAUUUCAUUAUCAGCCAAAAGCAAUAUGAAGAGAAGAAACAUUUUGAUGCGAAGCGCUAGAAGAAAGAACAAUAUGGAAGAGAUUCAGACACUUGGAGAUAAGAUUCGUGAAGGUGUUGCCCUUUGGCUGAAUUAUACUAGAAAUACACCUCUCUUGAUUCAAGGUGAAGAUAUCAUUACCGUACUGGACCGUGAAGAUGUCUUGUUAGCAAAGAAUUUGCCUAUUCCAUCCUCGCGUGUUGUGAUUGAUAGUAAACCAAACACUUCAUUAACACCUUCUUCCUCUGCUUCUGUCAAACAGAGUUAUACGCAUGAUAUCAAACGAAUGUCAGUAGAAUCUCCAACUCUUUCUGCUGUCAAGACAUCCACCACUGUAAAGAAACCUCACCGUCCAUCAGCAGGACCUCGCUUGACUCAAGUGAAGGCUAAUGUUGGCUUACCACGUGUCCGUACCACUUCUAUCACCCAAGCAAAGGAACACAAGAUAACCACUCCACCUAAUUCUACCAGAGAAACGAUAGUUACCCCAUCUCUUCCUAAACCAUCAUCAUCAGGUCUGCCUUCCUCAAGACCUACUUAUAUCCCCUUACCACCCAGUCAACCAACCACCCCUACCACACCUACAUCUCCUGAUAACUCAAAGAAAUCCAUGUUAAAACCACAGCGUGGACCUGGUUCUACUUUAAGAUUGAGAUCCAUGCUAGCUAAACGAAACCCACCCUCUAGUACAAAGCCAGAAUAAAAUAUAUAUAUAUAUAAGUUUAAU